UGACUGGUUGGUUGAAAAGAUGGAUGAAAAUGACAAGAAGUUGAUGGAAAAUGUGAAGCAAACUUAUGAGAAGGCAGAAAAUUGCUUGAAGACGAAUUACUAUGGAACCAGAAUGGUCACAGAAGCACUACUUCCCCUCCUUCAACUGUCCAAUUCAGCUACAAUAGUUAAUGUCUCUUCUAUUCUAGGACAGCUCAAGUUCAUAACCAACGAGAUGGUUAAAGCAGAAUUGGAUAACAUUGACUAUCUAACAGAAGAAAGGUUGGAUGAGUUAGUGCAAUUGUUUCUCAAGGAUUUCAAGGAAGAUAUGUUGAAGGCUAAUGGUUGGCCAUUAACUGCAUCUGCCUAUAAAGUCUCCAAAUCUGCCAUUAAUGCUUAUACGAGGAUUCUAGCCCGGAAGUUUCCACUUAAUUUGCACAUAAACUGUGUUCAUCCAGGCAAAGUCAAAACGGACAUAACGUGUAACACAGGGAUAUUGACAGCCGAAGAAGGUGCUAAAGCACCUGUAAAGUUGGCUUUGUUAGCUGAGGAUGGCCCUUUUGGGCUCUUUUAUGAUCGGAUGGAAGUUUCUACCUUCUAAUUCAAGACUCA